GAGCGAGAAUCGACAACAAUCAUCCCGCGUCUCCCUCCUCCGCUCGCCCCCGCGAGGCCAAGAUGGCGAAUUCGCGUACCCAAGGGUUCGCCUCGGCUCGAUCAUUGGAAGGCAUCGAGCCAAUGGUUGCGCGGCCCCGCCUCCGCGAGUCAGCGCCGCUGCAGCGAGUUGUGUGUUUUACUGGCGCAGCCAGUCAGUCGGCCGACGACUUGGCCCUGCUGCGGUCGUGUCUCCCCGUAUUCUCAUAUGUGCUCGUUCAGUGUUGGGCUCUUUUAUUGCAUCGUACCGACGGACUAUCUGCUCUCGCGUUGCACUGCUCCGGCCCUUUGUGUGUGUGAACGGAUCAUUAUAUCUUGUGGUUAAGUGGUUCGGUACGCUGAGGUAUACUAUUUUCACGCAGUCGAAGAGGAUUUUCUACCGAGAAAGCAUGAGAACCUGACGAAAAUUAGUAAUCGUUGCUCCGUACCGACAUAUUAUCUGCUCGACACGAUGAAAGAGAUGGACACGGUGGUGGAGGAGACGGACCUGGACGUGGGUUCCGCGAACGAGGAGAUGGAGACGAUCGACCUGAAGAUUCGCUCGAACCCGAAGCCCUUCACGAUCGAGAGUCUCAUAGGGAACAGCAAGGGCCAGAACAAUGCGCAGGACAACACCAAGGAGAACUUCGAGGACCGCGAGGAGGCCAAUCGGCAGAGGGAGUUUCUCUAUCAGCAGCACUGCCUUGCGACGGCCACCGGUGCCCUGCCAGGAUUCGCGAUGCCGCUGAGCCUGUACAGCGCCUGGUUGCAGCCCAUGCGAAUGUACGGCGGCAACUCGGGUCUGGCCAACGGACCCUCCUGCCUGCCGGCAUCGCACCUGGCGAGUUACCCGUCCAGCCAGCCCCAUCAGCAGAGCCAACUGGGUCUGGGCCACCUCCAGGGGGCUGCCUACCCCGGCCACAGGGUCGCGACGGCUGCCGCGGCCGCGAGAUUACUGCACCACGCGGCGGCCAACUUCACGGACGACAGCGAGGACGAGGGAAGCAUGUCGCCCGCCUCGGUUCACGAUCUGUCCAAGUCGCAGCACGGAGGCUCGGAGAGCGGACGGGACAACAGCGACGACGAGGCGGCCGGAGGCAGUGGCGCGACGCCGUCGGCUGGGGAGACGGGAGGAGGCUCGAACGGGCAGAAUUCGUCGUCCGGUGGCGGGGCUGGUAGCAAGGCACGCAGACGCAGGACCGCUUUCACCAGCGAACAGCUGCUCGAGCUUGAGAGGGAGUUUCACGCGAAGAAGUAUCUCAGUCUCACUGAGAGGUCGCAUAUUGCUCAUGCGCUCAAGCUCUCCGAAGUUCAGGUGAAGAUCUGGUUCCAGAAUCGACGAGCCAAGUGGAAGCGCGUCAAAGCGGGCCUGACCAGCGGCGGCGCGGGUAACCCCGCGGCCAGACACAGUGGCGGUGGUUCCUCCGCUGGAGGUCACCAGUCCAACGGCGGCGGACCGAGAAUCGUCGUCCCUAUACCGGUGCACGUGAGCCGACUGGCCGUUCGGUCGCAUCACCAUCACCUGGAGAAGUGUCCCCAGCCGGCUCAUGGGACCAGCGGACCCGGUGGCGGACUGAAUCUCACCACAACGGGACUCACUGCCAGAAUACCGAGUUCGCCUCUGCCCAGCGGAGCCGCCUUGACCUUGGGCUCACCCGGGGGACUGAGGGCCUUCAGCGCGCCGAGACCGUCCAGUGCCGCGAGUGGAGUCGCCAGCAGGUAGCCGCGGGAGUAAGAGUCUGUGAUGGAUGCGUGUUGAGGGUAUCGCUGCUCUCUGUGAGAUACUCGUCUGACUGAUGUGCAAAGGCUGUCUCUCUAAGAUCACUUUGAAAGCGAAUGUUUGCUACGUUCCGUUCAAUCGCUUCGCAAAUCGACUAAAUUAUUCAAGUGCCCCAUCGCCGUUUCACGGCCCUCAAUUAAUCCCGGUAAUAAUAUUCGCGAGUCGAGUCCUCGGGCUAAAUUGAUCGACCGAAUAUACGUACGUCCCGUACUUUGCAAGCCACCCAUAGAGAGAGAUUCGUCGCGAUGCAGCGUAUACAGCCGCAAAUCGCGGGAAUAAUCGCGAUUUCAAAUGGAUUAAUGGACAAAUCUUGUACACCUAUCCCGCUGAGACUCGAGGACGAGGGGGGCACGAGAUGGGGAGUCGGAGAGACACAAAGGGUGAAUUAUGAAUACAUAUUCCAACCGCACCCACGACUCUCUCUCUCUCUCUCUCUCUCACUUCGCUGGCGUGCGCGGGUCUGUAUCUACGUGUAUAUAGCAUAGGGUGCGCGAGUGUAUAUUAUAUUGCAACGCAGUUUAGUCAUACGUAGCGCUGAUCUUGAGCAGCGGCCGCUGACGCGAGGAGAUCGAUUUCAGUGUGUAUCAGUGUGAGCACUUUGUAUUGUUGAGGUAGUUCCUCCGUGACGAUUUUUUUCUAAAUUUUAGGCGAAACAUUUAUAAAUAACGGCCAAUAUAAAUACCUACGUACGUUCGGCUAUCGGAUCCCGAGACUUCGAUACUAUUUGCAAGCUAAAUCAAUUUGCGAGGUUCGUUUUUAUAUAUAGCAGCCGCUCGAGCGUCUUUAAAAAUACACCAAGCGCGACUCGUUUUGGCGAUUAUCGAUUCACCCGGAGCUUUUUGAAUUAAGGCGAACACAUGUUUAAUUAGCCGUUAUAUUAUGACAUAUAUUUUUACACCGGUUUAUAUUCGCGGUUUCCCUGGAAUUUCUUUUUCAAGCGCAUCUUCAAUUCGGCCGUUUAAACAUUCAUCCGAGCUUUUUGUAAAGUCUGCGCUCGGCGCAAUCAAUGAAAAUUGGUUAAUUGAGGACGUAAAAGCUUGAUUCGCACGCGCGCAGCUUACACACUUUGCAUAAUUAACGGCGAGCGUUGAAUUUUUAACGGCGGCUUAUGAAUGUGCCAUUAAACCUACAGCCCGCUGAGAGAAGCGACUUGAUUAUUCAUGAAUAAUAAGAAGAACAACAACGAUGAAACGGAACUACCUUAACGUGUCGCAUCAUAAGCUUUGUAAAUAUAUUGCAUAUAAAUAUGAGAAAAAGUUCACAGGCCGAAUCUCGGGCGUACACGUAUAGAACACUGAAAAACUGCAUAUUGUAAAUAAAAGUUAUUGCAUAAAGACGAAUUGUAAAUAUGACGUUGCGCACGUGUACAAUGUAUCCCGCCAAAUAUAUGUAAUAAGUACGAAUAGCAUAAUAUAUAAUUAUUAUAACAACAAUCUAUACGAUCGACACGUCACACUCGCUGGUAUUUUUUUACGAUUAUCAUGUUUCGUACGAUUACAAUAAAUUCUCGUGUACAUAAUAUACAGUAUUAUAAAUAUUAUAAAUGCGUGUGUAUACAUGUAUACAUAGGGGCGAAAAAUCGAGGAGACGUGCGUGCGAGCUGAGAAAGAGAGAGCUCCUCGGAUGUGUAAAGCCGCGAGACUGCGGUCUCGUGUAAAUAGAUGUAUAGUCCACACACACACACACGCACACACAUACACACAUACACACGGACACACAUAAAUGAUAUGCGAAAAUAAAUAUAAUCAUACACCAAGCGUAUGCAUGUAAACUCUACUGCGAUAAUCACGAAUUACACGUGUACACGCGAAGAAUAAUUAAAGGGCCGAUUCGAAUAUAUAUGAUUCACCGAAAUAACGCGGCGGCGUUGACCGGUAUGUGUACGAAAGGCGCAAUAAAGAAAAACAUGUUACAUAUACAGCA